ACACGUUUAGCAAAAGUGCGGUUAGUAAUAACAAAGUUUAAAAAGUUCGUGUUCGAUUAUUAAAGUUGAAUAGUGAGUGAUGUUUGAUACGUUUGUGCAAGACUUCAAAUUGCAAUGGCGCCAAUAUUUGGCGGCAUCUCUGGCAAGCUACGGCAGUCUGUGCACUGGCAUGUCUAUGGGCUGGACCUCGCCGGUGUUCCCGCAGCUAAGGUCUGACAACUCCCCCCUCCCGAAGGCGCCAACUUUACAAGAAGAAAGCUGGAUAGGAUCUCUACUAGUCCUUGGAGGAUUACUAGGACCGCUGAUCACUGUACCACUAUCAAACCGCAUCGGCCGAAGAUGGAUCAUCAUAAUGUCGAACAUUCCACUACUGCUGGGCUGGUUGCUGGCCGGAGUGGCGAAGGACCUGCCGACUCUCUACGCUGCCAGGAUCAUGUGGGGGUGUGCUACGGGAAUGCAGUUUGCAACAGUGCCCCUGUACAUCGGAGAGAUCGCUGAGGACAAAAUCCGCGGCUCCUUAAGCGCGCUGUUUCUUCUGUUCAUCAACGUGGGAUUUCUCCUGGCUUACGCUAUCGGACCCUUCUCCACGUACUGGGGCCUCACCGCCAGCGGUGGUAUACUAUCGCUGUUCUACAUACCUUUCACGUGGUAUAUACCUGAGACGCCCUUCUUCUUGGUUUUUAAAGGCAGAAUCGAUGAAGCAUCCUCAGUGCUGCAGAAACUAAGAGGUCUUCCUAAAGAAGCAGUGGCUCCGGAGUUAGAAGGAUUGCAGUCUAUGGUAGCUAGGGAGUUCAAAGAACCAACCAGAAUCAGCGAUUUGUGGGCUACGAGAGGCAACCUUAAGGCUUUAGGCAUUUGCGUGUUUCUGGCAAUGUUAUUACAGUUGUCAGGUAUUGACGUCCUUCUGUUCUACAUGGAAGAGUUGCUCGUGAAGAUCGGCACGAGAAUAUCUGCGGCCGAUGGUACCAUCAUUAUGGGUGUUGUUCAGGUAGUCACAAGUUGUAUUACUCCGUUGGUAGUUGAUAGACUUGGAAGAAAACUGCUUAUGUGGACAACAUCACUGGGACUCACUAUAUUUCUGGGAAUAAUAGGGAUUUACGCCCUUUUGGACUCCCAUUUCAAGUACAACGUGGAGCCUUUCGCUUUCAUACCGCUCCUUUGCCUCAUCAUAUAUAUGGUACUCUUUACGCUCGGCGUGGGCCCGGUACCCUGGAUCCUGGUAGCAGAAAUGUUCCCUGUGAGGACGAAAUGCUUGGCGAGUGGGAUAGCCUCCUUCAUGUGCUGGAUGGCUGGAUUCGUUUGGACGAGGUUUUUCCGCGACGUUGCGGCGUCAUACGGCAUCUACACAGCGUUUUGGGUGCUUGCCAUCUGCUGUGGUUUGGGAUUCAUAUUUUCUAUCAGCCCGUGGCUGCCGGAGACCAAGGGAAAGACCUUCGACGAAAUACAGGAUAUGUUGAAUAAUAGGAGUAAGGAACCGAAACCUGUGCCAGUUUAGUUUUAUGAUAUAUUUAUUUCUGUAAUCAUAAUUAACAAUUUGUUUAAGUGAUAUUUUAAGAUAAUGUUAAGGAAGUCAUACUGUUUAUAAUUUAGGGGCCAC